CUUGCGAUGCUUUCAGCAAUAGUUUAAGCAAUCCAAACAUUAGUGUACAAUAACCAAGUAACAAGAUGCUAAUAGUACUAAUUGUAGUUAUUAUUUCUAAUAUUUGUUUCGCCAUGAAUGUUAUUCCUCUAAUAUGUAUUCGUUCUCUACACAGAUGAACUCUACACAGCCUUCAAGAAGUUUAAAAGUACAUAACAUAACCCACAUAUACAGUUCACACACAUAAACUUCAUGAUUACCAUGCAGCAGCACUAAACUUGAGAUUUAUGUGCUUCAAAAAAUGAAGGAUCACCUGCAUGUGACCCUUCACUAAGUACUGAAGAUGUAAUUUGUCAUUUGGUUGAAAAUGAUUUGAAGAAACCAGUGACAUUUGAACAAAUACUCCUCUAUUGAAGUGCUAAUGAACAAAGGUUGAAGUAACACAAACCAAGAAUUUGUGAUUAUGUAUGCUGUCAGAUUGACUUAAUUUUUAUUCUCAAAUAUGAAAAAAAAUCUUGCCAGUACUCUUACUGCUUUGCACACUUCUCUAGAAUUCGAGGAAUCUGCAAGCUCCCUCCAACCAUUCCAUCAGGUGAAGAUGUAACAGAAGUCGGCAGGAAGUUGUUAUUAGUGAAAUUUCUCCUGUUCCCUCAACCUCCCCAUUCAACCAAACAUCAUCAAGCUAUGUCCUUAUGGAAGGGUUGCAACAGUUUUCAGCAAAUAAGGGAAGUCUACCCGAAUUAACAUUAGCUCAGAAGAACAAGCUGAAACAUCUCACCAUAGUAAGCUUGGCGGCAAGAAUGAAGUGCAUUCCAUAUUCCAUGCUCCUGAAAGACCUUGAUAUAAAAAACCUCAGAGAAUUGGAAGACCUGAUUAUUGAAGCAAUUUAUACUGAUAUAAUACAAGGCAAACUUGAUCAGCGAAAUCAGCUUCUUGAAGUUGACUUUUGCAUUGGCCGAGAUCUCCAAAAGCAAGACAUCAGCAGCAUUGUAAAAACUCUCCAGGAAUGGUGUGAUUGUUGUCAAGCGGUUCUGCUGGGCAUUGAGCAGCAAGUGCUCCGUGUAAAUCAGUAUAAAGAAGGCCACACAAAAACACAACAGCAAGUAGAAACUGAAGUGGCGAACAUAAAAAAGACAUUGAAGGCAACAGCAUCUACCUCAACCCAAGAUCCUGAUCAGCAUCCGAUGGAUCGUGACACUCCACAGCUUGUUGAACAGCGUCCAUCUACAAAAAAAUUGUCAAAAUCUAAAAGUUUAUCAUCUAGCCGUCAUUAGAAGAAUAAGUUGGCAGAAUUAUUCCAGUGCUUAAUAGGGAAGCUGGAACUGAGAAGAAAUGGAAACAAUGAACCUAAAUGGCACAUGGAAAGAAAUGUGAACAAUUUUCCUUGUGCAUUUGCAAUUUUUUUUGUAAUACAGAUUUUAUAAUGGAAAGCUAACUACUGAAUCAUCCUUUCCCACUAAAAGGUACUGGUUGCAAACUGACUUCUGAAGUAAUAAAAGAUUUUUUGUAUUGCA